AUGAGUAACUUAUCUACAGAUAUAUCAAAUUGGUUAAAUGCAAGUUACAAAAAAGUCAAAAUUCAAGAUAGAGGGUUUGUGACUCUAGAUUGGAGACUUGGAAGUAUUAUUUCAAAAGGUUCAUUAGAUAGAAGUUUUUCAUGUCAAGCUCCAUGUGAAAAAUUAACAAGUCUGUUUAAAUUUACUAUGGCAGUAGAAGAAGAAACUUGGAUUGAUUCAAUUAAAAAGUUGACCAGAGCAGAAGAUAGAGAAGAUGAUGAUAAAACUAUAAGUUUGGGAUGCGAAGAAACCAUAUAUCACAAUUUUACUACAAAAAAUAUUUGGUAUAACAAUAUAUCGAUAUCUAAAAGUCUUGAAGAUGAGGAAGCAGAAUGGUCAGGUAUAGAAAAAGAAAGAAUAGCUGAUUUAUUCAUUUGUUUACCAGAUAGAAAUUAUGAUUUAAGAUUAUCAUUAUCAGUUAAAAAACCAAUAUCAGAAGUAUUAACCAAAAAAAUAAUGAGUCUGGGUAAAGAACCAUUUAUUAGAAAAAAAAAAUCAAAAUCAUGGCUAAGUCUAAAAUCAAAUACUCAAUUUAAUAUUAAUCAAUCUUCACAAAGGGGAAAAGUAUUAAAUCCUCAUGGUUAUACAACAAUUCAGAAUAUUAAUAAAUUUGAAAUUGAAUUUAAACCAAAUGUUAAGCAGAUGUUUGAAAUAAUCAAUAAUUCAUCAGAUGAGUGUAAAGAUCAAGAAUUAAAAGAAUUGAUAGAUGAAUCCUUAUUGAAAAUUUAUGAAAUUAAUACUGAACGUAUAAUCAUUUAA